AGGUCUCGCAAGACAUACCCAAGUUCGAAAGACCAUAGGCUGCGCCUGAUCGACAGUUCGAUUGUCUCUCGCAACCGCCUUCAAAAUCGGUCUCGAUCCCGAUUUUCAUAAAAGAGCAUGAAUCAUAACCGGGACUCGACCGUCUCGAGCAUCGUCGACCUCUACGGAGCCGAGGCACCGGCGGCGGAGGUGUACGAUCGAGAACGACACCCCGUCAUCCAGGAAGAGGAUAGUAGUGAUCAUUUGGCAGUACAAGCUGGAUUGUACUCGGAACGAGCCCAGGGGCCGCCGGGCGGGAGCUCGUCCACCGGCCUACCUCCCCCUUUGCAAGACCUCUCGCUCGACGAACCAGGACAAUCCUCCGGACUCCGACAACGCAGCAUCCACCCAUCACGUUCAGCGUUGACUUCUGGGAGCUCGUACGAACCAUCCUCAGUUUCCCAUUCACAUCUUCGGGAACAAUCUAGUACGAGCUCGAGCUUCCGGGCCGCACCCGAGUCGAUUCAGAGCCAUAACACCAAUACGGCCAACAAUGGUGCCGCCCGGUUUAUGAACGGGAGGAUUGGGAUCAAUGGGGCGUAUAACGAAUCGGCGGCUUCGUUCACGUCUGUGCAACAACCUGGAGAAGAGGAUGACGCUUAUCAUGUCCGUUCGACCUACGCUCGGCUUGAAGUACAAGGUGUCUACGGCGACGGCUGGGAUGAAGGGAUUGAACGAACACGGGAGAGGGCGAUCGUCAAGCGUCGGACGAGUGAUCCGCCAGCCCAGAGGGGGGACGGGUUGGGAGAGAAAGAACGGCAGGCUUUGGGACGGGUGGAUCGGUACGGCUUCUUCGAUCAGGCGAUGAAAGCUCGUCAAGAAUCCCGACUCUCCCUCCUCCCCUCCAAACCAUUCAAAUCGAUUCCCAAACUCCCUAAAACCAAACCCAAAUCCCUCUCCCAACCCUCCGCUGGGCCAUCGACGAGUCAAGCGGAAGAAGCACCCAACCUCCCACUAGCGAUGGUGGAGAAACUGUCAGCAGAGUCGGUCGGCAAGGCAAAAGUCAAGGAGAAGCGGAGGGUGAGCAAGUGGGAGAGGAUGUUACGGGUAGGGGAACGGGAUGGAGGGAUGAAUAUCAGUCGGUGGACAUGGGAACAGGAUCGGAAGGGUCAAAAGCUGCCAGAAAGGGUAUAUAAAGGAAUACCUGAUAGGUGGAGAGCGGCAGCAUGGGGAGCGAUGGCAGAGAUGCGAGCGGGAAGGAGCGGACCGUCCUCCCCAAAUAUGGCUAGGCUGGACGAGACCUACCGGAAAACGCUCGACGAUUCUUCCAGCUACGAUGUGCAGAUCGAUCUCGAUGUUCCGAGGACAAUCAGCGGGCAUAUCCUCUUUCAUACCCGAUAUGGUCACGGUCAGCGUUCGCUCUUCCACGUCCUGCAUUGCUUUUCAAUGCAUUGCAAGGAAUGCGGGUAUUGUCAGGGCAUGGGGCCGAUAGCUGCAACCCUGUUGAGUUAUUUCGACGCACCGCGGGUCUAUGCGAUGAUGGUCCGGAUUCAUGACGUUUAUCGCAUGCACAGCAUUUUCAUACACGGGUUUCCAGGACUACUGGAAUGUUUUUACGUGCAAGAGCGGUUAAUCGAGAGCCUGAUGCCGGACGUCUAUGUGUCGAUGCGGGAUAAUAUGAUCUCCUCCUCCUCGUAUGCCACGAAGUGGUACAUAACCCUCUUUGCCAAUACCGUGCCUUAUCAAACUCAACUUCGGAUAUGGGACGCGUUCUUCCUCGACGGUUUAGAUGCCCUGAUCAUGGCAUCCGUCGGCAUAAUCUGGGCACAUCGCGCCAGUAUAGGGACUCCUAAAGCCAAUUUUGAGACCAUCUUAUCGAGCUUGUCGUCAUUCUAUAUACCCGAGGACGAGGAUACCUUCUUACGGUGGAUGAGGAAGAUGCUGAAUCAGCCGAAUAUGCGGAAUCGUUUGGACGGAUGGCGGAAAGAAUGGCAGGGCCUUGUCGAACGGAAAGAAGAUGGCAAGGCGCUGUUGUAAUACCUUCAGAGUGGGAGGGCUGCGCGUAUACAGAAACUAGAUGCGCAUCCUCGAAUAUCGGUGGGAAGUGGUCGACAUACUUCUUGUGUGCCGCGUGUCACGGUCACUGAUCUGGGUCAGUCUGAUUGAUCUAAUACAAAC